CACAUCAGCUCAGGUGGGCCGUACGACAAACCAAAUCUGUUUGUGGUUCGUACCGCUGGGCUCACUUUCUCUCUCUCACUCUUGCGUCGUAGAGGUGACCAUUGAAACGGGUCGGUCUUCUCCUGUAGUCCGGUAUCAAAGUUUUGGACAAAAGGUCGGAUUGGAACGGUCGAUCGUCUCGACUUUCCCUCCACACACACACACGCACACACUCCCGUAGUGCGGUAACGAAAUCCCGACACCUACGUUGCCAUGGUCCAAUUGGCGACCGAAUCCGGUCCCGAAACACUCCAACAAAAUUCGAUCAACGCGAAUUUGGUGGAUCAAUUCACGGCCGAACGUUCGCGGGACGGACCCCGUUCGAGCAGCAGCUUACUGUACAAGCCACGCGCGCGGGAUGCGUCCCGUCACUACGUCUAUCCUCCGCCACUAGCCGCUCCACCGGCGGUGGAAUCCGCUCCGCGUCGGCAGUCGUCGCAUCCUCGGUCCGUGACGCGUGCGCGGGGGAGUAGUGGGAUUCCACCCCGUGGCAAAUUGGAAUUGAGUGAUUUGCACGGAUUGUCGGAAGGCGAAUUCCUGCAAGCCUUGCAGGAUGAUCCGGAACUCGCCGCGGCGGUGGCCGAACAAGUGCAGCGUAGGAAGACAGAGUCGACGUCCCAAGGCCGCGACGGCAGUCGCCGUUCCCAACCACCCAAGCGCGCGUCGCGGACGACCGAGUCCCCCAAGGUGUGGCGUAAAGGUGAACGCAUCGAACAACUCCAAAAGGACGGCGUGCCCGUUUUCCAGUGGAUUGUCGUCUUGGCUUUACUCGGUGUGGCCUUGUACCAACUCUACAAGACGCUGUCGGAACCGUCCGCGGCGGAUAAGGCCAAGGCGACGCGUCUCGAAAAACGCAAGAGCGGGCACAAGAAGGAACCGAAAAACAAGGCCAGAUCGGGAACGAAAGCGACAACGCUUGCCACCAGCUACAGCCACGAGACCGCACACGAGAACGUGGAUGAACAGAUUGUGGCGGAAUUGAAAGAUGCGGUUGUCGUGCCGGAAUCGGUUCCCUCAAGCACGGCGGCGCCCAAAAAGAAACCGAAAAAGGCCAAAGCCAAGACGGCGAAAAAGUCGACUUUAAUGAACGAAGUGGUUGCGCCGGCGAGCCAUACACCGCCACCGGAGCGUAGCCAACCUUUGUCGGCACCCGUGUUUUCCACCAAAGCAGACGUGAGCCUCGACAGCACGGAUGGGUGGCAAACGGUGGGAGGGGACGGUGGACACGUUGCUACGACCGAAACCCCCAAGCCCAGCGUACCUGAUGAGAAGCCAGUGGUUCCUAGUAACGCUUCUACCGUAUUGUCCAACAAUUGGACAGAAGCGGACAACGUCCACAAGAAGAAGAAAAAGAAGAAGAAAGUGACUGCCACGAAAGAGCAGCGGCAAUCAUCAUCGGUGACUACGACUCACGACAACGGGGUCGGUUUCGAUGCGCAGCUGGCACUGGAACUCCAGCAGCAGGAGAAUUUGAUCAUACCGUCAAACGGAACUGCCAAUAACCAUGAGAAUGGAGAUGGCGACGAGUGGGCGCCUGUAUCGACCAGGAAGAAACGCAACCAAGCCUAAGUUUUACGUGUUUGAAGCAGAAGCCCAGUCCUACAAGCAUCGGCCAUAUAUAUAUUGUCGGACUAUUUGCUAAAACUAAAAAUCUACACGCUUGUAGC